AUGUCCAAAGUGGAGGCGUUCAGGGACACGAACCUCCGCUCUCUGCUGAGGGAGCUGCGUACCGACAUUGCCAUGGCUGUGGACGACCCUUUCCCUCUCGUCUACGGUUUGGCAGACAAAAAUAUCAUCACCGAGCAGCUGCUGAAGGACACCCUGGAGAAGAAGGGGAGAGAAGGGAUCCACAAGGCCAUGUACUCCCUCCUGUCCAGGGUCUUGGAGCAGAGCAGAUCCACCAUCCAGGCCUUCUGGAGCAACUUAUCCAAAGACUACAAUCUGGACAGCUACCCCAAGCUGAAAACACUGCUCACAAGCCUGCACUCCAGAAAAGAUGCUUCAGCGUCCAAAAGUGAAAACAGAUCUUCUGGUGGUCACAAAACUCCCCACAGCAAGAAGAGGAGCCACGAGGACAGAGGGACAAAGUCCCAGCAACAGUAUCACACCAAGACGAGUGAUGCAGCAGGGAGUAAAGUGAAACUAUACAGAGUGAAGAGUGAGGCUCCGCCGCCGCCGUCUGGAAACAGUGUACAAGUGGUGUCUUCCUCAGUCCAGAGAGGAAAUCCGCUGCCCUCCUCUUCCUCCUCCUCCUCUGUGGAUCCUCCAGUCAGUCAUGAAGCCAGAGAAAAGAAUUAUAUCAAGCAGGUUUACAGCUUGGAUGGGUCCACCAGAAAAUGCAUUAAGGUCAGUGGGGAGUUUUACUCUUGCGCUUCAUCAGAGGAGACAAAUGCAGCAAAGUCCAAUUCUGCUUCUUCUCAUCAGACAUUUCACCACCAGGGGGGGACAGACACAAGCAUGAUUCACUAUAACGAUGACGAGUGCGCAGCGUGUAAGGAUGGAGGGGAGCUGAUCUGUUGCGACGGCUGUCCUCGAGCUUUUCAUCUGGCCUGCCUCGACCCUCCACUUACAUCCAUACCGAAUGGCCCUUGGCAGUGUGACUGGUGCUGUGGACACAGAGUGAAAACAGAGAAGGCCCAAGUCCCUCUGCAGACAUUCUCGGCCCAGUCUCAGCAAACAAGCUCCAUCCCAGACGUCUCAUCCUGCUCCUUGCUGUCGUCGUCCCUCACAACAGCAUCUGUGAAUGUGUCCAGUGGGAGAAACCAGUGCUCAGGUGGAGAGCCGGUUAGUGUGAGGGAGGUUUGUGGUGUUUGUCACCUCGGAGGAGGAGACCUGACUCACUGCCUUCAGUGUUUGGAGCAUUUCCACGUACGCUGCCACUUCUCCAAAGGGAGGUCCAUCUGCUUGUCCUGCUGCAGGACAUGGGGCGGCUCUGCGGAGAAAGAGUCUGAAUCCAGACAGCUUGCACCGGUGGUACCAAACACGCUCAGCCAUGAUCAGAGCGUCACCGUCUCCGAGCCCGUCCUCCACAGAGAUGAGCUGGACUCCAUCCUGGGAGACAACUCCAUCGACGGCAUCUUGCAGUGGGCCUUCCACAACAUUUCUCGGCCUCUUCCAGACUCUCAAGGAUGCUACCAGUGACACCAUCGGUCACACGAUGUUGUAAAUCGAUGAAACAAAUGCAUGGAUAUUUGAAAUGAGCUGACUGAAUGCACAGAACCAACUGAAGAUUAUUUGCUUCUUUCUUUCUUAUUUUCCCUGAAAUAAAUGUCUGGUGAUUGAC